UCCCUUGUUUGUGUAACAAAAUAAAGUGAUUCUGAUCCUGAAAGUUCAUGAAUUCCAUCAGAGUCGAUCUGCACCAAGUCUGAGCAGCUCUUUCCCCCAGUUUCCUGCGCUCCUGCCCCACUGUGGGUAUUUGAAUGGUGCUCGUGUUGUCGCUUGACGAAAUGUGAAGAGGCGUGACUGACUCCUCAGCCAACAACACGCACACAAACUCUCUCUCCUACACGGAGAAUGGUGGAGAGGGAGAGGGGGAGGGAGGAGGAACCGAGAAAGGGGAGAGAGAGAGAGAGUGUGAGAGAGAGAGAGAGAGAGAGAGCGAGAGAGGGGGAAAGAAAAAAAAAGUUAAACUCAAAAAAUGGCUUCCUCGUCCUCAGAGUCCGCAGAACAAACGGAGAAGAGCGCGGAGGAGAGCGCGGCCAAAGUUAAAGAGGAGUCGGACUCGGACGAGGCGUCGGAGAGCCUGCUGGAGAGCCUGCGGAGCUCCUCCGUGCUGGGCUUCUCCCCGGAGCAGCUCGCCUGCGUGUGCGAAGCCCUGCUGCAGGCGGGCAACGUGGAGCGACUGUGGCGCUUCCUCGCCGCCAUCCCGCCUUCCUCGGACCUGCUACGUGGCAACGAGACCCUGCUGAAGGCCCAGGCCGUGGUGGCCUUCCACCGGGAGGAAUUCAAAGAGCUGUACGCCAUCUUAGAGAGCCACGACUUCCACCCGAGCAACCAUGGGUUCCUGCAGGACCUCUACUUGAAGGCGCGCUACAAGGAGGCGGAGAGGAGCCGGGGGCGCAGCCUGGGGGCCGUGGACAAAUAUCGGCUCAGGAAGAAGUUCCCCCUGCCCAAGACCAUCUGGGACGGAGAGGAGACCGUGUACUGCUUCAAGGAGAAGUCCCGCAACGCCCUCAAGGAGUGUUACCGAGUCAACAGGUACCCGACGCCCGACGAGAAGAGGAACCUGGCCAAGCUCACCGGCCUGUCUCUGACCCAGGUCAGCAACUGGUUCAAGAACCGACGGCAGAGGGACCGGACUCCGUCUGGCAACAACAAGAGUGAAUCCGAUGGAAACCACAGCGCAGAGGAUGAGGAUAGUAAGGCAGAUCUGGACGACACUAUUGACAAACCUGCUGCUCAAGAUGCUGGAGGCUCAACUGCUUCUCUCAUAUCCCUCUCCAGUGCCCCCUGUAGUACUGGAGGUCAGCUCAUUCUCAAUAGCACAGGGGGAUUCCUGACUAGCCCCCACCCUCUGUUGCUCAAUGGGAGCCCUUUACUGUCAGGGACAGGAACUGGAGUUAUUAUUAAUGGACUGACGCUGAGUGAUGGCCACACAGUCACCCUCAGUCCCGUAACUGCUAAUACUCCACUGUUACUCAAUGGAGCACAGGUUAUUUCUAAGGGGAGUGGGAACGACAGCAGUCCGGAGGAACACUGUGCUACCGAUAUGGAGACACAGGCCAGCCUGCCUACAGUGGUCCUGAGCCCACAAGCCAACCUCACUAGCACAGUACCUGUUCCCCUGACAGAGGAAGUGAAAGCAUCUGACCGCAAUGUCUCUCCUUUGGAUUUCAUCAGUGUUCCAGAGAAUGUGACUAUAAAGAAUGGCGAAGCCACCCACACAGUACCUCCCACCUCCAUAUCCACAUCCACCAUUUCUUCCACAGUCAUGACUCCCACCUCACUUCCUUCAUUGGCACUGACUCAAAAUGGCAUCCUCUCUUCAACAGUUCCCCAUUCAGGUACAGUCAUUUCCAGCCCUGUAAUGCCUGUACAAUCCAUCCAGCAGCCUGAAAUUGUGGUGUUAGCAACUGCUGGUUCUCAGUUGAAUCCCACUACAUCCAUUUCUCAAGUGGCACCUUCUUCCACUGUCUCCAGCCCUCAGGUCCUAUCUUUGCCCCAGGUGGUACCCUCCAUUCAGGGCAUUCCAGUAUCCCAGUUAGUGCAGAACCCAACAGGGACUCAGGUGUCCUCCUGCCCUCAGCUGGUGCCAGUGUCCCCCAUCACGCCCCACAUACCCCAGGGCUCCAUCCCUCAGUUUCCAUCCCAGAACCUGCAUAUUGGUCCCAGGAUUACUCAGACCCAACCUCAGAAUAGUUCUACCACACUUUGCGACAACACUGUUGUGUCUGUCCCCCAGGUGGUUAAUGGACAAGUUCCCCAGGGGUUAACACUUCAGCUGGGUGACCAAACCAAUUCAGCCGCCAACUCACAGAUACAGAAUCCACUGGGGAGCCAAGUUAUUCCCAUCUCCUCCCCAACACAAGUAGUGCCUGUUUCACAAUCCAAGGACACAGGGCAGCCCCACCUGGUCCCUUUGCCCCAGCUCAUGCCAGUGUCCUCCAUGGCUGGAGCUCCUACAGGAACCAUCUCUUUCUCUCAGGUGGUUCCAGCAGCACCCUCUCUUCCUAUCCCAUCCCCUGGAGGUGCUUUCCAGAUUUUAACCUCUGGAACUGGUGCAGGAGUUGGUGUGCCCCAGGGAGCUAUACGUAUAACCCCAAUUGGACCGCCUCAGAGUGCACCUACAGCUGGUGCCAUUCCAAGUGUCCAGCUUCUUAAUUCUGGGGUGAUUCAGCUGCCUUCCGCUUCUCCAGGAAACUUCGUCCUGGCAGGUGGAAGUCCAUUCCUUAGUGUUCAGAAUGGCAAACUUAUCCUCACUAUUCCAGCUGGCAUCCAGUUCACCAGUGUGCCUGUGAAACCCGUCACGGAAAUUCCAGGCCCAGGCCCAGGCCCAAGUCCCAGCAACAGUAGCAGUAGCAGUGGACUGGAGCACACUACAGUUGGGCCACCGCUAGAUAAUCAGCCAGUUUCUGCAUCAUCUGUGCCGACCUCUAGUCCCCUCCAGUCGUCUCUUUACAUCGGUUCAUCUGGACUAUACUGCAGCCCUGAGCCUGGAACUCUUGCCACCUCUACUCCAGGGGCUUCUCCAAACACCCCAGACUCUUCCACCCCAACCUCCACCAGUAUCCUGCCAUCCCAACAGACCCUCUGCCCUGAGAGCAUGCUUUCCUUCAGUCCUAUUAGCAGUAGUGUGGCCAGUGGUCCCCAUCUUCCUCAGCCAGCUUGGAGUCCCGUGUCUCUGUCCUCUUCGUCUGGCCUGACGCUGUUUGAUGUACGUGGGAAAGGAGAUCUACCUGAGGACCCAGCUUUGUUGGGCCUACCGGGUGGAGAGUCCCUGCUGUUAGGUGCCUCCCCUUCGAGUGAUGUGGACAGGGAAUCUCAUCUUGACGAUGUAGAUAUGGAUGGGGACUCAAAAAUUCUAACACAAUUACAGUCUGUCCCUGUGGAUGAUGAUUUGGGUUUGUAACUGUUCUUCUUGUGGGCUGCAUAUUAGAAGCCCCCCAGACAAUCGGUGAACAAUUUCAGUGAACAAUUCAUGUAUGAUCUCAGAGGUAAGAAUCUUGGUUGUAAACACACGAUACCUUAUUUUUUCCUGUAUGUUGAGAUAUAGGAAGUGCCUAGGUCUGACAGUGACGUGAUCUAUAACAGCUUGUAGCUUUUGUUGAAACCAGCAACUUCCUUUGGAGGUCUUAUCUAGGCCUCGGCUUUACUUGCCUUUCUUUAUUCAUGUAAGACUUCAGGCUAUAAUUAACGCUACCUGCGAUUCUCAUGAUGAUCAGUUCUUCUCAUUAUACCCACUGUCUCCAAACAAGACAUGGCACAUUACCCUAUUGACAAACAACCAGUAGCAGAGCUAAUUUUUAAUAGUGUAAAUUAUGCAUGAACUUCAGUUCACCAUGCAGUUAGUUUAUACUAAUUUAUGAGAUGAUACAGUUUGUAGUUAAAUAUUUCCCUUAUCAAACACUCCAGUUCAGUGUUUCCCAGCCUGGUCCUCAGGGACCCCUCAGACAGUCCACAUUUUUGCUCCAACCUAACUCGACUCAUAAGGAUGAAGGCAAAAUGUGGACUCUCUGGCAACCAUGAGGACUGGAUUGGGAAGCGCACUACAGUCCAUCACUACAAUGCACGGCACUGUUGGCCAGUUUAUUUGAAAGAAAAAAGGCCAGCUUCUAACCAGGGGAGGGACUCUAAAUAGAAGUUUCCAUAUAUAGGCAGUGAAGAUCUCUUUUGGAUCUUGGCAGCUGGGAGCUCCUUAUUAUUUGUGCAUUGAAUCACACUGUCUAUGUUAAUUUUGCCAAACUAUUUUCUGUGGUGCUAAAGACAGUCUUCAGAUAUUGCAGCGUCUUUGAGAAUGGGGCUGACGGAGUAAUACGUAGUAUUUGUACCUUUAGUUAGCUACAAAAUUUUGUCUCACUCUGAUAAAAGGAGUGCAUAUUGACUUUGGAACAGGAUGUAGACUACCCUGCAAGUUUGACACAACCACUGUUGAAAAGAAAGGCACUUCUCCAGCUCUUAGACCAGCAUGAGGCUUCGCAUGUUGUGACCAUGUCAUAUUCCACAUACGUUAAAAAGGGGUGGGCGAUACGACAAAAAUAUAAUAUCGUAAUACUUUUCACGUUACACGAUAUGCAUCAAAUUUAAACCAUUAGAAACCAAAAUUCACAAUGAUGUAGGCCUGUUUAAUCUUUGUUGUUUUUGGAUCAAAUUUUGUACAGGUUUUCUCUUUCUGCAAAAAUCGAAAGUUCUGUUUGUGGCCAAAAUUUUGGUACGCUCCUAAUAUUUACUAUUACUGAAUUUUGAAAAAGUGGAACGGAGAUAUAAUCACCAGUUGUGCCACUUUUAAAAUACACCAUUAAAACCUAUGAAUACAUUUAUUUUUGUUCAGCGUUUCACGGACUGCACUGCACUAAACCCAGUUAAACAGGCCUAAUUAUACUCUGUUUGUAAUGAGACAUGCAGUUUUUUAAAUACUGACCAUAUCCAUGAUAUGAUCAGACAAGCAUAUUGUGACAUAUUGUGAUAAACAGCAGUGAUUAAUAUCAUUUUGCCCACCCGUACACUAAAAUAAGAUACAUUUUCAAUGUUGUAUAUAAUGUUAUAGAAAGGCUGCUUUUUACUCCUUUAAAUAAGACUGAUUUAAAUGGCUUUUCCAAGACGCACCUUGGCUGCGGUUUUGGAGAGAAAGCUUGAACUGAUUUUGUGUGGGAUAUCAAGGUCAAAUAGACACACAGUCUCUUGCAUUAAGUUUUAUCUUAAAGAGGAGAUGCAUGUUAUAUUCUGUUAUGUUUUCAAACACUCAACAGAAAUCUGAUAUUGUUUUCAGAUUUGUUUUUUUCAGUUUUAGAUACUUUAUCGUGCUAUCCAUUUACCUUAGUGUAGUAUCCGUCUGCAGUUUGUGUGUGUAUAUAUUUUUAAUCAUUCGUGUACACUCAAAGUCUGAGCUAGCUCUUCAAAGCAUUCUCACAGAGUGUCCCAGCUAAGCUAAAUGUUACGUAGGUGACCCAGUACACUUAAUUAAUGCUGUUUGUCGCUCUCAUGAUGAACGCCGAUGGUCUUUACUCCUGUUAUGGCUCCACACGGGUUAGGUAGAAGUUACAUGGAAGGCGUGGGACAUUAAGGGUAUAAUGAUUUCAAUACAGCAUCCAAAAAUCGAAUUUAAAAAGUGGAUAGAAAUUGAAAACUGCAUCAUAGAUCGACUUUUGUUAUCACUUUUGAGCGUCUUUUAUUUACCAUCUUUCAUGGAAACCACUGUCAGCGGUCACAGCUAAAUAUUUUGGUACAUUCUAUAAGAGUAUAGUGGGCGGAGAGGGGGUGGGUCUAAUGAUAUGGGGACAGUCACUCUCAAAUAACUGGGCUUUUUUCUGAAGAGCUUAAGGCCAAGUACAUGAGUGUAAAUGCUCCAAGCUAUGCAAGCACGGUUUUGUGAGUUGUUGCAUUUUGAGCCAUGACGCAUUUCAUAACAGUGCAAGCACAACCUGCAUUCUGAGCGUUAAAGCAAGAAGUGAUGUAGCAACAGCAAAGCUGUUCAGUAACGACAGUGUGCUUCUUCUGGUCAGCUGUCCUGUUGGCAGCUAUCGCAGCAGACCAGCAGUCCAGCAGUUGGACGAUUCUCACAGAACUAGUUGGCUUGUAUAAACAUAUUGUCGCUGUUGGGAGAAAAAUUAACUUUGCAAAAACAUUUUUUUUAAUAUACUUCCAUUAUAAGUUAAGUUUUUUUUUCAUUCUUUCGAAAAAAGUUGCUGUUUUGGAGAUGGAAGGUUUUGUUCCAACCAGAGUAUGAGUGGUGCAGAGUGGGAGCAGUGCGCGGAGUGGAGCGGUGUGAUUUUGCCCUGGAGCAUGGAGCGGCUUUUUCAGAAAGUCAGAGCGUCAACAUUCUCUCUCAUUCUGAAAUCGCUCCAAUACGGUUCCAACCCAUGAGCUAGACCACCUGUGUCAGGCUCCAGUCCUCUUGGGCCACGACACUGCAAACUUGAGCAAACUGCCUCAUUAAGGUAAACGCUAAUCUCUGCUGCAUUUUGGCCCGGAAGGUCCCCAGUUUGACAUGCCUGAGCUAAACAGUCCUUUUUCCACACUGACUACCUCUGCAUGAGUGAUGCGACAGCGUGUCUGCUACAGCUCGCACAUCAUGGCCAUUCAUACAGUGUUUGCGCUGUUGAACUGUUUAGCGGACUUGCAUACUGGAAAGUCUCACCAAUUGCAGCAAAGUUCUACAGGUAUUACACAGAAUUAGUCUCGUUUCAUCCAUUUUUGCACAAAUGAAAGAGAGCUUGUUAAAAGCAUGUGCACUGAUACCCUUGACAGUUUCCUGGCUCGAGAUUGGUCCAUCGUUUCAAGUCUAUACCUACUAAAAAGCCUGUGUGGCACAGGAUGUUUAACUAGUGUUCAUUUAAUAACUGGCAUAAAUCGUGUAAUUCAUGGAAUGACGUGUAGUGUCUUGUCCAUAUGUCCAUAUGUUUAAGACAUAAAAUGGAUAUCGUUAGAAUGAAUCACAUGGAGUGGGUUUUCUCUGAUGUUUGAGCGAGGAGCGAGCUAAGAAUGGCUAAGAAACAGAAAAUCUAAAGCAGAGUUGGAACGGUGAGGCUCUGUUGCUCCACUCCACUCACAUACUCUGGUUCCGACAGCGACGAUAUGUUUGAUACAUCAUCGCCUCUUGAUUCCGACAGAACAAGUACAGCAGCACAUGCUCCUCUACUGUCGUCAUGUUUAGUUGUUGCGCCUGUUGUAAUAACAGUUCUCUUCAGAUGCUCUGAUUUAUUCUUUGUUGCCCUCUCUAGUAGUGAAUGUUUCAACCACCACAGCAAAGUUCGAAUGCAGGUUGAGUUUGUACAGAAGGACAGUGCGUUGGCCGUGCAGUAUAAUUAACGUUUGUGUACUUGCGUUAUGUUUCUGGCCUUUACAUUCUAGUGGCUGUAAUUUUUGGGGUUUAUUUUGUUAGAGCUUGGAAUGCCAGGCAUUGACAAACCAAUCUGUGUAGUGCUUAAUUGGUGCUCUGUAAA